ACUAGAUCUAGAGUCUAAGUCUAAGCCUCUAGCUCUAGGCAGUGUCUAGGAUUCUAGAUCUAGUUACUAGUAACUGUAAGUCUAGGUUAGUAGGUACUUUAGACACUUUAGUCUUAGUCAGUCAGUGGCAUACUAGUCUAGAGACCUAGGCUAUAUACUAUAUAUAAUAUAUAGAUCUAGAUAUUAGACUAGUCAUUUAUCAUAAAUUAAUCAGUACCGUCAUUAGACUUGGAGUUUAGAGUUAGAGUGAAUUUGUCCACUGCGUUUAUAUAUCCUGUCCAUAAAUAGUGAUGCUUGGAUCCGAGUUGGCUUUUGCAGGAGCAGGACAACAGGGAGUGCAGUGGGCAUAGUAUGAGCUGGGACCUUUGAGAUGACCAAACAACAGUCCAACACGCAUACUGCAUCACUAGGCAGCCACAAUAAUACAAACAGUAACAUAUAAAGGUACAAACAGUAACAUAUAAAGCCAAUCAGAUUGGAGGUAUAGAGUUCGGCAGCAUACCCCAAGUUUUAAAUCAUAUCCAUAAGGAGAUGAACUAUUUGAGUCUUUACUGAACCUUGUGAGUUUCAACUGGUCAGCCUAAUGCUUUACUGCUCAGGUUUUAGAUGAUUAGGCACAACAACAUAUCAUGGGGACAGUUUUAGCAUCACUCACAGCCAAUAAAGAUUUGUUUUAUGGUACACAUGAAGUACAAGUUGCAGAGGCCAAUACAAACCCUGAGAAAUCAUCCAAAAGGUGUGCAAGAGGAUGCUGUUCAGAUGACAUGGUUGAUGUAGACAAGUUUACUUUGGAGCACCUACCUAUAGAAUAUCGCCAUGAUGACAUUUUCAAUUUGGCCCAAGCUAUUGCAAGCCUUACAGUGAAGCUGAAAGUGACAUUUGUGAGUGACAGCAGACCUCAAUUCAUUCCAAAAACUGAUUCACCAUAUCCCUUAUAUGACAAACGAGGCUCUGGUGAUUUUAUCAGUAUGGGAAGUGGUAGGGUGUGUGAUGUUGUGCAGCAGAAAGGUAAAGGGGGUGACACAUGCAAGUGCAGCGGAUGCAAGAUCUCUCCGAAUCCUAGCAAGAAUUGGUGGACUAUCAAGAUAUUCACCGCCACUGCUGUGGUCUAUGACAGCAAAGAGGCCAAUCAGACAUCAUGUACUUUCUUUGACCAUGGAGGUGAAAAUGAUCACAAUAAAUUUAAGAUAAGUGGAUGCAGGUGUGUUUGGCUUGAUGUGGAAGGGGAUUUGUGCUUGCUUGAGAUCAUUUCAUGCAACAAGAAACUUUGCGAACUUCUCUUUUCAACUAUCAAGACAUUUAAUGUUCUAUGGCAGAGGCUAAAUCAGACUUUCAAAAAUCUUAAAGCUACAGAUGAGAGAUUGAUAAUUAUUGUUUCUCACCCCCAUGGUGAUCACAAGCGUAUCUCUGUUGGCCAUGGUGUAGAUAUUGGAACCAUCUGCAAUCUUGGUUUCAGCAAAUAUAUUUACAAUGCCCCAACCUGCCUGGGAUCAAGUGGAGGCCCUGUUUAUGCCCUCGGCAACAACUGGUUCAAAACUGAAUAUGUUCACAGUGGUUACCGACAUGACGUUGAUUCACCUAAACACUCACCUGUCUAUUCUAAAAGUCAUUCUGAAGUUUUAGACCCAUCAAAUUUAUCCAUAAGCUUCAUAAAUGCAGGAAAAGAUAGUUCUCAAACUGAAAGCAUAUUUUUUACAAACACCAGUUGUGCUGAUAAGACAGAGACCUUAGCAGGGGCAGAAUACAUUCCACAGACAUUUCCUGAUAUUGAAAAAUAUGUCAAAUAUAAAGGAUAUAGUACUAGAUGGUACUGAUCUAUUCAUAUCCUACUGGAUGUAAAUAUGAAGUACAGUAUGUAAACAUGGAUCACUUCCAGGAAAAAAAACAAUUUUUACUUUUAUUUACACAAAUCAAAUCUCUUUAUAAAGAAAAAGUUGUCUAAACAAUGUAAAUUAAUAACAUCUUCUGAGAAAUUGAGAACAUUAAGUAGUAAAUGGAAGUUCCACUCAGAAGAAGCUACUAUUGGACUUAGACUUAGGUCCUCCCACUCUGUUUGGUGCAUUUGGUGGCAAGCUGUCUCCACAAAAAUCUGUCACUGGCAAUGUCUGAAUCCUCUUCCCACCUUGUGUCCAUUGCUCUGAGGUCCUCCAUGAAAGUUUGGCACCAAGUUAUACAAGGACAUCCAUGAUUGUGUUUUCCUUGUAUUGGCCUCCAUGUCACCGCAACUCUUGGUCUGUGUAGUUCAUUUUGUUGGAGAACAUAUACCGCAAACCUCAUGCAAUGCUCUGCUACAACCUCACUAAGUGUUCGACUCCCAGUUCAACAUAGGAUUUCCUUGUUUGAGACCCGAUCCAUAGAACUGACUCCCUAAAUCCUUCUCAGCCAUUUUUUGUUGAGCCACCUCAAUUUUGGCGGAUGACUUUCAUGUCUUAUAUGCCUAUGUUGCUGUUGGGAUGACGAUUGUGCUAAGGAGGUGUAUUUUUAUUUCAAGUGAAAUGACUUGGCUUGUCCAAAUAGGCUGCUCCCCAUCUCUCCUAUUCGUCACGCUUUAUCACGGUAGGCAUCCCCAUCAUUUGUUAUGAUGCUGCCAAGGUUUGUGAGCUUGUCCAACUCUUCAGGCUUUGACUCGCCAAGUCUGACGGGGGCACCCUUUUCCUUAUAUCCCACUCCUAAAAUUUUUGUCUUAUCCAAGUUUAUGUGGAGGCCAAUUUUGGGUGCCUCUCUAUUAAUCUAUGAUGGCAAAACCAUGAUAUACUCAGGACAUAAUACGGAACACAUUCGUGAUGUAGGCAUCAUCAUGUCUUUCUUUAUAUUCUGUUUUGAAUUAACUACUUUCAUGUUAAAAUGGCAAGCCCUUCAACACAAAGAAACUGACCAUUAUAUGGAACGUAAGAACCCUGAACCAAUGCGUAAACUGCCCCAGCUUGACACCUACUGGCUGGACAUCAUUGGGAUCUGCGAGAUGCGGUGGACAAACUAUUGGACUACUAAAACAAAAUCUAUUUGGUGGUACAUCAAUUACUUAAACUCACUUUCUACAUAAUAUUUAUGCUUAGUCUUAUUUUAACAUGAAAGUGGUUCAUUCAAAACAGAAUAUAAUUACAUCCUAAUUGUUUCAAUGUGUCAAAUUAAUCAUAAUUGUAAAUCAGUGACUUAAACUCUGAUAAUUCAUUAGUUUUCCUGGCUGAUUCAGGCAACCCAUUUCAUGAAGUGGGAGCAGGAAAAAAAAGAAACACCUGGAGAUUUUUUAACAGGCUCUAGCACAUGUGUUUGAGGCCCUUAGUAAAUCAUCUGCCUUUAGAAUUGACAUACUUCUUAAUCAGCGUCCUGUGUGACCAAAAAAAAUGAGGCCACAGCUGGGUUUGUACAUCCAAAUAAAAUGCUGCAUUCUUUCUAAACUUUAAUAUUGGACUCAAUGCUGUAUUAUUACUCUGUACCAACUCAUGUCAUGUCUUACAUUCCAUUGUGAAAAAAAAAUAUUGUUAAGUAUUUUUCUAAGAUAUGUUAGUUUCUUUAUAUUUUUUUCAAUAUGUUUGUUUUCUAAUGCAAAAUGAAUUAUUUUAAUGCACAUACAAGUCUUACAAAACUAGUCACAUUGCCAAGAAUGCCACAGAACUUUUCCAAAGUAAGAUUAUUUUUAGUGGAACAUAUAAAGACUAGCCAAUAUUUGCCAUGUUUGUCUUUCACAUUUAAAUUCUAAAAAUCCUAAAGUGCUUUUUGAAAAUCAGAUUUGGCCUUCACUUUCAUCAUGCUGGUUAAAGAUGUAACAGCUACUUUUUAGUGUCUAUUUAUAAUUUAUAGGUUUGACAGUAAUUAGGUACUGGAAACUCUAGAUGAUAUAUUUGUAGAUGACAUGUACAAAAAGUACCAGUAAAUGGAAUAUUUCAAUUUUGCUUGUCUAGAUUGAGUUGUGGGCUCCAGGUAUGUUUGAAUGAUGGAGGGGUGGGGGGAGCAAUAGGUAGGAGGUUGAAAAGAGUAAGUUGUUUUUGUUUUGAUUUUGUCUUCUGAAAGUUGAUUCUUGCAACUCACAAAACAGUCAGUAGUUUUGUUAUUUACUUUUUUUGCUCUUGAGGAGAGUUAGGGGAUGCUGUGAUUGAAUACAUUAAAUUUUGUUUCUAAUAAUUGAAAUAUUCAAAAUAUAUACUUGUUAUAUUUUUUUUAACCAUUGUGGACAAUAUUGUUGUCAUGAUAUAUUAUACAUUCAUAUUCUCUUGAUGAUACUGGAUGCCUCUUUACAAAUGUCAUCUUAUAUAUUAAUGCUGCACAUGAACAAAGCUGUAAUUUUACAUUAAUAAAUCAUAAGUGUUGGUAAA